AUGACUCUGCCCAAAGCGUGCGACGUGCUUGUCGUGGGCAGUGGCAACGCAGGCUUCGCAGCAGCCCUUUCGGCCGCUCAAUCAGGAGCAAAGAGGAUCCUUCUGAUCGACAAGUGUCCCGAGUCCUGGGCGGGAGGGAAUUCCUACUUUACUGCAGGAGCAUACCGAACUGUCCACCACGGCUUGAACGACCUCCUGCCCAUCGUGAACAAUGUGGACGCGGAGCUCGCAGGAAGGAUCGAUCUCGACCCGUACACGGAGAAGGACUUUGCCGACGACAUGCACCGUAUCUGUGGAGGGAGAUCCGACCCUGAACUCUCCAGGGUCUUGAUCAGGGAUUCCAACUCGGCAGUCAAGUGGCUCGCGCAGAAUGGCAUCAGGUUUCAGCUCUCAUUCAAUCGACAGGCGUACGAGGUCAACGGUCGCUUCAAGUUCUGGGGCGGUCUACACCUCAAGACCCAGGACGGGGGCAAAGGUCUGAUCGAGGACUACCUCACGAUUGCACGACGACAGAAGAUUGCACUCUCAUUCAACACGGCACUCACUGGUCUAUUUCCGGACAGCAAUGGUAGCGUCAGCGCAACCGUUCACGUGGACAGGAAGGAGCAUAUGAUCAGGGCCGGGGCUGUCAUCCUCGCCGCGGGAGGCUUCGAAGCAAGCCCACGCCUACGGUGCCAGUACCUAGGCCCCGGCUGGGAUAUGGCUUUGGUACGUGGCACUCCCUUCAACACCGGCGACUGUCUGGAGAUUGCCAUGCGAGACCUUUCUGCUAUGGCCGCUGGAAACUGGAGCGGAUGCCACUCAGUCGCAUGGGACGCGAAUGCCGACCCCAACACCGGCGACCGACUGGCGUCGAACGAGUACACCAAGUCUGGCUACCCUCUCGGUCUCAUGAUCAAUAACCAAGGAAAGCGCUUCGUGGACGAGGGAAUCGAUCUGCGGAAUUACACCUACGCCAUCUUCGGGCGUGCGAUUCUGGCGCAGCCCGAGAGCGUGGCGUUCCAGGUCUGGGACUCGCGUACGAGCCCCUGGCUACGGACGGAGGAGUACCGCGAAGAGCGCGUCGAGAGGAUCACCGCUGCCAAUAUCGAGGAAUUAGCUGACAAGUGUGCCCAACGCGGGCUCCGCGACCGCGAGAGCUUCAUCGCCACCGUGCGCGAGUACAACGAAGCGGUGUACGCGCACCGCAGAGAACACCCCGACGCCAGCUGGAACCCGGCCAUCAAGGACGGGCUGUCGACACAGUCGUCCAGCAAGAAGCUGCCCCUGGCUAAAUCGAACUGGGCACUUCCCCUUGACCAGGGCCCGUUCCUCGCUGUCAAGGUCUCGUGUGGAGUGACCUUUACGUUCGGCGGGUUGUCGGUGAACCCGGAGACGGCGCAGGUGAAGAGUGCCGUGACGCGUGAAGCUAUUCCGGGAGUGUACUGCAUUGGAGAAAUGCUGGGGGGCUUGUUCUAUUCGAACUAUCCCGGUGGCAGUGGACUCACCUCAGGGGCUGUAUUUGGACGCCGGGCAGGCAAGGCGGCUGCCGAGUGGGUGGCGAGGUCGUCUCUGGAGAUUACUGCGCCGUUGGCGAGGUUGUAG